AUGCGCAUCAGUUAUCUUGGAUUUGUUCUUCUGAUCUGGUUUCCUGGAGCGCUACAUGGACAAAGCGCACCACAGUCCUGCAGUGCUCCAACUCUGGAUGGUGGUUUCUUCGCCCCAAAGCAAGAGACUUAUCCUCAUGGAGCACAGCUGGCCUAUACCUGUGGUACUGGACGUAAAGCAACAGUGAAGGGAUGGUGGGCAACAAGCACAUGUCAAAAUGGCAAAUGGUCUCAUGAACUACAAUGUAUAGAUGAAAAAGCCUGCAUUCCACCAACUAUCCCUCAUGCAAAAUACACUGAAAACUCAAAUGGUUGGUAUGAAGAAGGACACAUAAUAAUAACAUGUGACAAAGGAUAUCAAGAUAAAAACCAGGAUGCCACUGCUGAAUGUAUAAAUGGAACAUGGUCCUCUGUGCCGGUCUGUGAGAAAAGUCUCCAAGCAUGCGGUGCCCCUCCUAAAAUCCCCCACGCAGUAAUCAUUAAUCAGGAAUACCAGGAUGUGUUUGCUGCAGAUUCAGAAGUCGAGUAUGAAUGUGAAGAUGGAUUUACUGUAGAAGGAACAGACACCACAAAAACCAUCAUUUGUAUCGCUGGAAGCUGGACUACAGGCCCACCGUGCAGAUCAUCUGUCAGCUCCGGAUCGAAUGGGAGAGAGGGAGGAACUCAAUUCACAACAAUUGACAAAUGUGGAAGAUUCCCCCAAAUUUCUGAUGGAGAUGUUGUGGAAAAACAUGAAAUGUCUAUUAAAUACCGAUGCAGUUCUUUUCACAAACUCGUGGGUCGAGAGACAGUGAGAUGCUACAGCAGUGGCACGUGGUCAGAAGUACCCACCUGCAAAGACGCCUACUGUUCUGUGGACACUGCUGAAAAAGAUGGCUUUCAAUCUGUUGGAGUUAUAUUUUUAGAAUAUGGUGAGAGAAAGAGAUUUGAAUGUGAGAAACCGUACAGUUGGUCGUUUCCACAUUAUUCUUUUGGCCGGUGCACUAAUGGAAGAAUGAGCUUUACUAAAUGUUGUAACAGGGCUGAACAUGCUGUGGGUUGCUAAGGCUGUAUCACAAAGGGGAAGACAAUGCUGCCUUUGGAUUUAUGCACAACCGACUGAAAACCAGCCUGGAAACAUUAAGUUAUGAUCAUGCUGUCACACACUGUGCUGGGCUUCUCAAGAAACAUUUCUGGCUUUUCAUUUUAAUUGAUGAAUGCCUACAUAAUUUAGGAGCAUAUGGUCUGUCUGUGUGCUCAAAGCUGUGAAAAUAACUUGACAGAUAAAUAUGGUGCAUAUUUGAUGGACUGGCCUGAA